GGUCCCGGGCUCGGUUCCCGGCGGGAUGGUCGCCAUGCCCCUGAGGAAGCCCCCGGGCAAGCGGCAGAGCUCGGACUCGGGCGUGGAGCCGGACCGCGGGGCGCUAUCCCAGGAGCGGGACCAGCGCCUCGGGCUGUCCCAGGAGAAGAAGGAUCAGCGCAUCGCGCUCUUCCUCAGCGACUUCGACCAGCAGGCCAAGGAGCACGUCCAGGAGAUGAAGAAGGAGCUCGAUGCGCUGCUGCAAACAGCUGAGAAGGCGUUUGCAGUGGAGCUGCUGACGAUGCCGGCUGCCAUCAGGAAAAUGAAAAGGAAAGACUUGCUCAUUACAGAUUUGCAAGGAGGGGAGGAAGUGGCUCUUGCUGCUGCAGUGACUGACUGCUCUCUAGAAGACAUACCAAAUCCAAAACUGGUGAGGACCAACAGCAAAAAAGUUAAGGUAACUACAAUCGUCGAAUAUGAAGAUGCCAAGCACAGUUCUGCAAAGAAAGUAACUAGAAAAGUUUCCAAAACCAAGUCGUUGGUUUCAUUGGCCUCUGGUUUAAAUAGCAAACUGAACCCUCUUUCUAGUGCCACAAAUCUCAGAGCCACUCCAAAGGUAUCCAACAGUGCUGGAUUACAACAGACUGUCUCAAGAACUUUACCUACCCGUGGAAGAGUUCAAGGCAUGUUAAAAAGAAGUAAAUCAGUACCCCAAAAUAAACCAGUUCCAUUUGUAAACAUUCCUCUGGCUGAUGGACAGACACUCUGUACAGCUGGUGGAGACCUCCGUAAUAUUGAUGUGCAACUACUAAAUCAGGAUACAGUACAGCACAUUCAUAACUUGGUGAGUGAGCUGACUGUACUGUGUGGAAAGGCAACAGCUAAACCAAGUUAAUGGAACUGUCUUGUGCCCACAGGAUACUGGUGACAGUUCUUGCAUGCUGCCUCUGAAGUGUUUAGAUAAUGCUUGUUAUGUCUUAAUAAAGCUGUAUA